GCCAGCGCCCGAAACCAAACUGCAGCAAUGUCGAUAAUCUGAUUCAGAUUAUGUGAAAAAAUGAGAUUGAUAAUGCGGAUUAACAUAUCAGUUUAUCACAUCACACCCUCCUGUGGUCCCCAACGUCAGUACACGAUCUUGGCCUUCUUUCAGCACAGCUUUUCCGGUCGACCAAAGGCAAAAGGACAAAUAAAACAGCUUAAGUCGACCUGUGCGCGUGAGAGGCCGACGUUAUGGGCAGAAGACAAUGGCCUCUCCUCCUUGUGCUGACAGCGUGCGGGGUUGGCGGAGAAUAUCGGGAGACGAGGUGGGUCAAGGUCACACCUGACCGGGUCAGAGGUCACCCCGACGAGCAUCAACACGUCAGCAGUGCCUUGCAACUAAGGGCUGACGGAAACGCUCCAGUUCUUGAGUGCCCGACCAGUAGCGUUCGGCAUGCCAUUUUAGACAAGGACAGUGAAGAAGCGUGCAAGCUACGAGGGGGACUUAAGCCAAACUGUCCAGAUCUGUCUGGUCUCAUAGUCUUCCUCAACGAAACGCAGACCAAACAAAAUUUUACGGUGUUGGCUGAUGGAAAAAUCGACGUGUAUCUGAAGGAAUCCAGGCUGGGAAACUUUAAACUGAUGUACAAAUGCCCCUUAUCCAACGAUAGCGUGUUGACCUUAAAACAAAUAGGCGUUGGGAGUGAGCCACCUUCCGAUGUGGAGAACUUAACAUGUAUAUCUGCAAAAAUGGGAUGUCUGAAAUCAUGGACGCAGCCGUUCAACCCUGCCCAAGAUAAGUUUUGGAGCUUUCCCUACAACAAGACAUGGCAUUGCAACAACGGCAACAACCAAUGCGUUGCCACGACUGACAAUGGGUACAGGCCAGAGGACCCCUACCCUACUUUGAUCUUCAUGACCGAGAACGUUCUUGGAGACGCGAAAUUCCCCCAUAUCAUUGACAACUGGGCUGCAAUGUUACCAAAUCCUGCUGAAGACUUGGAGGCCGGAGAGAAGUCUCCCAUGAAGAUCUUAGUGACUUGGACGACCCCUUCUCCCCUGAGGGACUUUCCUCCGGGGCUCCUCUACCGUUUAGAUCUCCGCGGUCUUGACCCUCCUGUUCCUCUCAAUGCUACAAUAGGGAACUACAGUAACAGCAGCACCUGGAAAGUGGAGGCUCAUAUACCAUAUCCAUGGCUUACUUACGAGAUCAAGUUGAGACUCCGCUCCGGACGAAGGAACACCGCUCCGGACGGCCACUGGGAUGAUGGCUGGUCGUCCGACACCGUCAUCGGGAAAGUCGAAGUAAAGCCAACAGCGCCGUGGGCAGCCCCAGAGGUGGACAUCGGGACGUUUCGGGUGAACCGGAGCGAAGACUUGACACGCAUGGAUCUGACGGUGAUGUGGCGCCCUCUGCCCCGCCUGCUGCACAAUGGUCCUGGCCUGCGCUAUGUGGUGAUGUGCUCGGAUUAUAGCGAGACUGUUAAUACUACAGAGCCAGUGGCAACUUUCCCAGACCUACCUACAGGUUCAUACAGUAACGUAACGUCACAGAUAAUCAUCAGCGCAGAAUUACCACCCACUCCCGCCCUCUCUGUGGUCGUCUUCCACAGAACCGCAGGAGAGUAUGAGCUAAGAUGGGACGGAGAAAAUGACUACACUUACACAGUAUAUGCUUGCAUCAAUGACAACUCCAACGCUGACUGCAAGGGGUAUCUGUAUUGGAAAAAUGUAGGAAACACGUCAGCCGUGAACAUCAGCCUGCAAGAAAUGAACCUCAGCCAAUACGCAUCGAAACCGCGCUUCGCUUUGUCGGCGGAAAACGAAGCGCGGGAAUCCAGCGGCAUGGCGUGGGAUAGGUGUUCCUACCCACAGGACUACGACAGCAAACCAAAACCACCUAUUAUCGAGAUUACCGAUACGGAUGAGAACAUAAUUUUGAACUGGAAUCUGUCCUGCAUCAACCGCACUGGGAUAGUGGAGAAGGCCGAGGCUUCGUGGGGCCCAACGCAGCACAACUGUAAUUCGCACAUUUCGAACGAAACACAGAUUCCGAAACACGAUUUGAAGUAUGACACCAACUAUACCAUAUGUCUUCGACUCCUGUACCGAAGCGGUUAUUCGGACUGGUCUACGAAAACAUACAGUAUAAAAAAAGAACCCAUGCCGAUUUGGAUCGUUGGUCUACUGGCCAGCGUCUCUGUGGUGCUUUUGACUUUUUUGGCUCUGAUGGGGAGACAAAUCCUCAGAAACAUUAACAAAACCCACAAAGCGCUGACGAGGCACAUCAACGUACCGUCUGUCUUGACCGAAGAGGGCGAUGGCGCAGCACAGAAAGACCUACACGGCAGCUGCGGUGACCUCGAAACGCCUCACAUAGCACUAGAGGAGGGAAAACGCAGCCCCAGAGACAAAAUACAGUGGCGUUCAACCGACGAUCAAAACCAGGAAACCAGCCUUCAGUCAAAAGAAAAGGAAAAGCAAUCACGCAUACACGGUAUAAACGAAACCGAAGGUCAGCCUGGAAGUUGCAGCGGCUACGUCCUCGCCCACGAUCCGGCUCUGCUCUUCAGCCCGGAAGAGAAACAUGGCCUGGGACCACCUAAUAACAGAGCCGAAAGGACGAGUGUCGACAUGUGUGACGAUAAGAAGGAUGAUCGUUCUCUACCGUUCACUUCGAAGGGUUAUGUUCAGUGUUCAGCGAUGACGGAGCGCCUAAAUAGCUUCCAGUAACAGAUGGAACGUUUAAUCUCACGAUGGGCGAGGCUCAUACGUGAAGCUAGCGGGAUAGUCACAUCCCUUUCUGAAAGGCAAGCAGAUGCUUUAUAGCAAGUAGGCGAAACUCAUAUUUACAGCAGAGAGUUCAGAAUCGCGUGUUUCUACCAUAACCUAGAUGCAUAUGCAAGUGCUUUCUCAAAGAGUAUUGCAUGAGUUAAUUAAGACGUAUUCUUAUC